AUGUCUCUGGCAGCCCCCUCUGCCGGCCAGUCCUCGGAUCCGGACCCUGUAGCCACCGCUGACAACCACACCGCGGUUCAUCCGAACAGUGGCGCUGGCGGCAAUGAUGGUGGCGGCGUUUGCACGGAGCCUUGGAAACGAGGGAAUCUUGAUCAGCAGCCGCGGAUGUCUUCAUCUGGACGCUUCAAAGUCACGGCGAAGCGUCGCUGCCCAUCUCCAUCGUCCACCGCCACCAACAUUGGCAGUGGCGCAACCGAUCGACAGGACUCCUCCCAUCCACAUCGCGUGAAACAACGCGUCCGUGUGCGGGGACGUCGGCGUGUUUACACAGGCGGCUCUUCGGGAAGUAAUAGUAGCAGCAGUAGCAGUGAGUCCGUCUCAUCUGACGAGGAGGACGACGAUCUCUGGACACCAAGCGGUGUCUCGCGGCGUAGCACCACCCGAAGACCCUCUUCUCGUGGUGGCAGUCGAUUUUCCAGAUGA